AUGGAGGGUGGUGGCCAGAUGAGGGGCAGCUCCUGGGUUCUUCCUGGGCUUUUGGCUCUGGGGCUCUGGUAUGCGCAGUUCAGUCAGGUACAACCUAUGCACUGUGCUGCCAGCAUUUUGCCUUCCGGUGUCAAUGAGAUCUUUUCUUCCAGGCUACGUGGAUUUACCCUCACAGCCAAAAGCACCCAGUUCCUACAUACUUAUUGGCUUCUCUACUUCGAAGCAGCUCCCUUCGUGGGGAUUUCCUUGAUACAGCUGUGGGCCUGGGUGCCGAUCGCCCCGCAUGCUACCGAGCUUAUUCUGGAGUUCAAGGACCAGCGACGGGGCUCCUCCAAAUUCCUCUUGGGUUCCUUCCCCAUUCUCUUUUCAUCUUACCACUCAGACAGAGGAUCUCUGCUGGAGAUCUACUGCUUGCUCACGUAUUGGAUGGAAGUGGUACCUAACCUCCUACGGGAAGAACAGAUGCCAUCCACGGAUGUCGCUGAUGCCAGGAUGAAUGAGUGUUUCAGCAACACAGGCAGGCGAGAUAUGGUGCUGCUGUUGACUUCGACCUACAGCCAGCCCCCUCUGUUUCACCUGCCUUAUGUCCACGAACCCUUCUUCCCUAAUGUGGAGCAGCUGAUCUUGGGAAGCCCAGGCAAGGGUCACUGGGACAUAGAGUAUGGCCAGUCUCCAUUUCUGGGUGAGAAGCUCUGUCACCUUGAGGAUCGCAAAGUGAACCUUCACAGAGCCUCCUGGGGCGAGUGUAUUGUGGCACCCAAGACUUUCAACUUCCCUUACUGUCAGGGAACCUGUCUGGCCCUGAACAGCGAGUUCCAUCAGUCCAACAUUCAGUGCUAUAAGAAGGAUGCACCUAUUUGUUCCCAGCUCCUCCGGGCCUGUGUUCCUGUCAAGGUCAGGCUUUUCUCCUUGAUGGUCCAGGACGACGAGCACAAGAUGAGUGUGUACCACGUGAAUGCAUCCCUGAUAGAGAAGUGUGGCUGCCCUUGA